CUGGAUGCUGGAGACCUGCUGUGAAUCUGGAGUCCAGUUUCUUCUUGCCUAGCUCAAAAUUUCAGAUAUAUUUAUGCUCUCUGAUCCCUAUUUCCCAUUAUGAAGCCAUCUGUUCUGCAAUCACGGUGGUCGUCGAGAGGGAACUGACAGGAUCGGUCUCAUUCAGUUUGGUCAAAUCUUUUUUUGGUUUUACCCUCCUGCUACUUCAAAAUUAUUGGCAAUAAUAGUUCCCAAUGGUCUCCUCAUGUCCUGUCCCUGGCUGCGCUCCUCCUCCUCAACUGGCGGUUCACCAGCUGUCGCAGUCGGAACAACCACCGCCACAUGCUCUUGCACCUCAACAACAACAAAUCCUAUCUGAGCCUUGGAACUGGCCGUAUCAUCCCAAACCCUGUCAUCCUCCGGCGUUUCCAUACACUGGCCCUCCCCGAGAACCCUCACACAUCCCGCAAGAAAUGUAUUCAAAACCUGUAAAUAUAUCUGGCCCGCCAAUGCCUGUCCCCAAAGGUCAAUCAGCCGACGGGGGACAUCAAAAAAAUACACAAGCCCUGCAGGCUUGCAAUUCAUGUCAAGCUCGCAGGGCGAAAUGCGACGAAGGUCGGCCCUCGUGUGGUCGCUGUAAGGAGAACAAUGUUCAGUGUGUCUAUACAGCUAUUAGUCCUGUUAAACAUGAGAGAUCUACACAAGCCAUGUUAGACAGAAUCCAGGCGUCGGAAGAUAAAAUAUUGGGAUGGGUUGAUGGGCGAGUUGAAGAUAUACUCAAUCUUUUGACUGCCCAGGAUCCCAAAUCGGAUGCUCUUCUUCCCCAGAAAUGCAAGUCACCAGCCGACCGCUCAAUCGCCGAGCCCGCACCAAAACAGCAGAACCAGUCAAGGAGUGCAGAGUCGGUUCACGCAAAGACUCUGCCGCAUGAAAACACCCCGCAAAAGCUCCCACAAGAGCCCCAGGUUGGUGGUUUGAACAGUACCCUCCUUCCUACAAUCUGGUCUGCUGACGGUUGCAGACUUUUCAAAAUCAUAUUCUUGUACCAUGAGAACUGGUUGUGGAUAAAGAGGAUGGCGCCCUGAAGAAAAUCAUUAUACCUGAGAAAUCAUAUUUUAAGGCACUUGUCAUUCUUAAUGAGCCUCAGAUUCUUGACCAAGUCCGGGGUAAGAAACUUUCUCUUAAAUUCAGCAACAGUUUACCAAAACUAGACCCGUUGUCCGAAACCUUCUCUGCCUACGACCUUCUUAUAUGAUUCAAAGAUUUAUCAGAUGUCAACCCCAGAGUUUCUAAGAAUCUCCAUGAUUUCUUGCUACAAAUGACAAACUGUCAUGCCCCAUGGGAAAAUCUUGAAACGAAAGCUCUACAUUACCUUGUGUUGAACAUGUUUGCUGUCUGGUUUAAAUCUCCUGCGGGGAAAUUGCGUUGGGAUGGAGUUCUUGUCGAUGCCGUUCUCCAAACCAAUCAUAUACAAUUGAUUUUUGAGGCUAGGCUUCCUGAAACCGAGACACUGCGCCAGUUUGUUGAAUAUAAAAUCCCUGAAGCAUGAAUGGCCGA